GCCGUCUAUCGCCUGCUACAUCAGUCGUCGAUGGUCGCUCGGCGAGUCGACACGAGAGUGAGAGCGGUCGAUCUCGCGUGACCUCGUGGCGCGUUUCAUCCACCAUAAGGCCUAUCGAGACUCUUUGCGCGCUUGUAAAAGCGCUCUUUUUCCCUUUGCUCUCUCUCUCUCUCUCUGUCUCUGUCUCUCUCUUCCUCUCCCCAUCUCCAUCUCGCGUCGGAACCACGUGUCGAUACGACGACGAUAAAAUGCCGUUUGAUUGAUUCUCGCUCGAUUUUCCCCGAGCCAAGGGAAAGAGAGCUCCGUUGUUUCUUUCUCCCUGUAAUGCGCAUCUAGUCGCGGCGCCGAACGAUAUAAUCGUGACGUGACGCGACGUGUUACGCCCGUAAUCGCUGUCAAUUGCAGUGAAAAUGCCCGCGCGACUCAGCAAGUUUUCGUUCGAGGCGCCUUGCAUGGAUUACGCUCACCCAUGGACGGAUUCGUGCGUCAGUGCGACCACCGGUCUCGGUUUGCACUCGCUGCAGGAAUCCUUGAGGAUAUACACGACUGUUUACAUCAUUGCAUUUUUAAUGAGAAGGAAAGUACCAUCGAAAGAAGACGUGAAGAAAACUAUACUAGGCAUUCUUCAAUCCACAGCAUUCCUUUCGUGGAGUGGUUUCUCUUACUCGUUGUUUAUUUGUUUGUUGAGGCGAAUACUUGGACGUUUUUAUAUGCCGACAGUAUCUUUUCUUCCGUCCUUUUUAUCUAGCCUAUCUGCCAUUGUGAUAGAAAGAGCAUCUAGACGUACGUUAUUGUGUCUCUACGUGUCCAACAUUGCAACGGAAACAUUAUUCAGAAUGGGAGUGUGGCGGGGAUAUUUCUCGCCUAUUCCGAAAGGAGAGGUCUAUAUCUUCGCUGUAAGCGUAGCUGUACUACUAUACUUGUUCCGUUCCAAAACGAAUAAGCAGGAUCAAAUAUAUAAAAUAUUGAGGAUGAUUGUUGGGCCGUACGAGGACACUGAAUAUCGUAUGAAGAAAAAGCCACAUGCUGAAACAUCUUUGAGAAAUACCGAGACUGAUGGCGCAAAGAGUGACACAUGUAGAAAACAUAAAUUUACUAUUCUGUGGAAAUCUUUUGAGGCAUAUAAAUAUAUCAUUAACAACUUGAAAGCGCAAAGCAAGGAUGCCUCGUGUCCACAUCCUUAUAGCUGCGCACAUUAUAUUUUAGCGGAUAGUGUAAAGAUGUUCAGUUAUGGUGUUUGCGGGCAAGUAGCGCUUAAAUUAAUCCUUCAAUUUAAACGAUUACUUCAGAAGCCCAAGUUAUUGAAAAGCACCAUCUUUCAAAGAGAAAAUUUAAAUCUGGCUGUGUUUCUUGGAGGAUUUGCUGGCCUUUAUAGGCUAGUGUCAUGUAUGUUGAGAAGAACCUUUCACCAAGAUUCGCACAUUUAUGCUAUUCCCGCUGGACUGGUCGCAAGCGUCACGUUUAUGGCAUAUCCCAACACUACUAUAGCCUUAUAUUUCAUGUGGAAGACACUACAGUUGCUGUGGAACAAUGCGGUGGAAAAUGAGCAAGUGCCUCAAGUCAAAUGGUUUGUCAUCCUAUUGUAUUGCUUUAGCACGGCACUUCUCUUCCACACAGCUAUACUGGAGCCACAAAACUUGAGAUCGUCCUAUUGGAGAUUCCUUUACAAUAUGUCCGGUGGAAGAAUAGCAGUGAUGUCUCGGAUACCCUUGAAUGUAUUUGGUCUAGAAACUAGCAAAAAUUUGCAACAAGUGCUCAGAAAAACUAAAACUACAGAUCAACUUAGCUUUUCCUUCUAAGACGUGUCGAGUAUGCGUAUCUAAAAAGUGAUUAUGUACCUUAGUCUUUUUAUGUCCCUCGGAAGUCUAACUCUUUAGAACCAAAGAUAACACGUACAUUACACGCGUUUAUGUAUAAAUUGCAUAAACAACCAAAACUACAAAAUUCACAUCUUAGCGUAGCGAUCUGAACAUUGAGGUUUCUACUUUUUUCUCCCCCUUUUUUUCAACCCAAUUCGAAGCGAUGGUGCUUGGAUAUGUUGUGAUACACAAAAACUUAAUACUUUUAUAUAUAGAUAUAACUUAUAUAAUUUAAUAUAUUUCAUUGUUAUGGUGUGAUAAUUAUAUGUCAGGAAAAUAGAUGAAUGAUAUUAUUUAAA